GGAACUUCCUGCUCCAGUCGUCUCCUCUCAGGCGCAUGUGACUGUGGCACCAUUUCAGCCAUUUUCAGUAGUUUGAUGGAGAAUCGGUCGGAUGACAGCAGGAACUGUUGUUAUCACCGGCGGAAUACUAGCAACCGUGAUCCUAUUGUGUAUUAUUGCAGUGCUCUGUUACUGUAGGCUACAGUAUUAUUGCUGCAAGAAAGAUGAAUCUGCUGAGGAAAAGGAGGAGGAGGAGGAGGAGGAUGAACCUGACCUUCCCACUCGCUCAUACCUUACGACCUGCAAUGCCUGCAACUCUCGCAUCGUGGACGGGCAGGGCAGCCCAGCACCACCACCCCAUGAAUUUAACCAGCCGGGUGCUUGGAACUACUGCCCUACCUGUUCCCCGUACGGCUCGCCCUUUUACAUACGGACCGCUGACAUGGUGCGGAAUGGCGGUGAGAGGAUCACCUACACGCCCGCGUGCUACAAGGAAACGGGGCCACCCAUCAAAAUGGCAACCCUCCAGAGUUACCCGAUGAGCCGCCGUGGUGUCGUCCCUGAGACUUUUCCAAACCCGAGGGCUAUUAGUACAGACGUGUAAUCAGCAU